AUGUCGCGCCCCGCGGGCAAGUUCGCAGAUUUCUUUCCCACUGCUCCGUCCGUGUUGCAACAGCGAAAGAGCUCCAAGACAACCCCACAGCGCUCAAAGUCACGCGCAGAUGUCAAGGAAGAGCCUCCUGGAGACGCCUCCACCAAAUUUUCCUCUAGCCGAUGGACCAGUCAAGAAAGCACCCUGGGUGCGCCAAAACUGGCCAAGCAUGCCGACGGUGCGAAAAGACCAAACACAACUGCGGAACUGGAAUUGCUACCAGGAGACAUGCUCAAUGGGGCUGGUUCCGCAAGUUCCACCAGCACAGCUUCCUCGGUCUUCAGCUCAAACAACCAACCCGCUGCAAUGACACAUCUUUACGGCAACCCUUUGCACGCCUUGACUCCACUUACAAACUCCGAAUUCUCACCACCAGAAAAGCUUGUGAGUCCGUCACAAGAGACGGAGGUUGCUGCCGAAAAAGACGUCGCUGUCGCCUCAGUCAAUGCGACCAUGACGCCCAUUCAAACUCCACCUUCAUUUUACCUCUCAGCCCGCCCGACUGGUCUGGUAGUCAAGGGUUGCAAGGCGACUUAUGAUCCAGAGCUAGACAAGAAAACAUCCUCGAAAGACAAGCGCAAGCUCAAGGUUCAGUAUGCUGACUUUGGAACUGACGAGGCAGGUGAGAUUCCUCCAAAGGAUCCUCGACUUGAGAUUGCAAAUUACGCGCGCGGUGGAGGGGCAAAGCAGAAAUCAAAACUACGACCUGCGCCUUACUCCUUACGAGCAUGGCCUUAUGAUGCGGCCACUUCAGUUGGUCCAGGGCCCCCUACAAAUAUCGUCGUAACCGGCUUCGAUCCUAUGGCACCACUUUCGCAGCUCACAGCGCUUUUCUCAAGUUAUGGGGACAUUGCGGAAGUCAACAACAGGACAGAUCCGACCACCGGCAGGUUUCUGGGUAUAUGUGGUAUUCGAUACAAAGAUUCAAGGUCUUUCCGUGGUGGCUCGCCUGUAUCCGCCAUUUCCGCAACUAAAAGAGCUUACAUGGAGGGCAAAAAAGGUCUCAGAGUCGGUUUGAACGCAAUCCGUGUCGCAGUUGAUCGGGAAGGACUGGUGAUUAGGAAGAUGGUCGAGCAGACCAUAGCAAACCUGCGGAAAGAGGUCACACUUCCCGAACCUCCUAAACCAGAUAUCCACUUGAGGAACAAUGUGCCACCACCCACUGCACCGAAAGGUCCAUCCGGGAGGACAUUUCAGCAGCGUCCUUUGCCUAUAACAGCUAUAUCUUUAGCUCCUACGCCCAAGCCUCCUAUUGUAAUACGACCGUCGAUCAAUCCUCCUGUUCCUUCCCUUGUCGAAGAGACGCCUAUACUAGAUCAAAUCAAGCGACUGCCAUACAUAUUUAUCGCUCACUGCUACGUUCCCGUAAUGAGCACAACCAUACCGCAUCUACAAAAGAGAUUGAAGAUGUAUGACUGGAAGGAAAUACGGUGCGAUAAGACGGGUUACUACAUAGUCUUUGAAAGCUCAACCCGUGGCGAAUCUGAAGCACAAAGAUGCGCCUCUCAAUGCCAUCUGACGCCGCUUUUCACAUAUGUGAUGAAUAUGGAAUGCCAGAAACACGGGAACCCGAAUUACGAGCGAAGCCCUAGUCCGCAAAGGGCGUUGGAGAAGGAACGAAAGGAGGUGAACAUUCGGAUGAAAAGAGAGCAUGACUUAGAUCUUGAGGAAGAGAAACGUCAAAGAGCCAGAGAUCUGGAUCCUUCCCGGGCGGUCUUGCAGCUUGUCAUCCGAGAAAUUCGUGAUAAACUGCUAGAAGAUGUUAGGUCUAGAAUUGCAGCUCCCACUCUCUACGAAUAUCUUGAUCCUGAAAAGCACGUCGAGAAGCGCCAGAGACUAGGCAUUGAGGAUCCUCAAGGCAGAAAACUCCAGGGCGGAAAUCGUUUUGAAGACAAUUCCUCCGUGGGCACUCCGGAUUCGCGAUUAGACAUCUUCGGUGGACGACGCCCUCUCGGUCAAUCUAGCGUCAAUAUUCUAUCGCUACCAAGAAUUCAGAAAAAGGCUGGUCUUGAUCGGUCCAUGGUAGGGUUUCGGGAUGAGAGGAGAAGAAGACCUGUACCAAAAGCUGCUGUCCGACCACUCUUCCACCAACUAGAGCAAUUCCAGGAUGACGAGGACUCUGAUGAUGAGCGUCGUACUUCCAUAACCCGCGAUACUGAAGAACAAGAGAGCAGACCCAUGAGUCGCAUGAGCAUGACAUCUGUUUCUGAUGACGAAGAUGACCUACUACAGAAAGCUACGAAAAGGCGACAACAUGCUCGAGACGAAUCCGAAAUGGGUGACGACUUUGUCAAAGACGAACAGGAGAAAUCGGUAGCCGAGAACUUGGUUAUAUCGAAGCUGGAGCGAAACAUUUAUGAAAUGUCGCCCUCCUCAAAGAAGCGGAAACGCCUGGUGAAAGAAUUGGAAAUGAGGAAGAGGCUGAAAGAAGACGAUGAGCUCUUUGGCCUUGCUAAAGUCGGAGAGGAUGGCGAGGACUCGACAGACGCGAAAUUGUUGGAUAUUCCCGUAGCUGUCGAAGCGACGCCGGAUUUUGAUUCAGAUGCACCUAUUCAGAAAAUCAAGAAGCCGAAGCCUAAAAAGAAGACUAAAAAGCAGAUAUGGGAGGAACGCGAAGCGCGUCGGGCAGAAAUGGAGGCUGAGGCAGCUGAGGUGGUUGACGGAGUUCUGGAAGCCGCAGAAGAGGAGGCCGAAAUUGAGACCCGCAUCGAACCUGGGGAGAGGCGUCCUGAAGUGGAAUGGGGUGUGUCUACUUUGGAAGCACAAGCAACCGUCCAAGAUGAUGACGAUCUUGUCCUUGACGUAGAUGGCUGGCAAACAUCAAUCAAGGACGCUGAGGAUGUUGAGACGCUGAACCAGAUCGCUGGAUCGCAGAUUAUUCCGUCCGCUGGAAACCUCUUGGCCUGGGCUUGCAAGCAGAGAGACAUCAAGUCCAUGAACCAAUCCAGGACAGGAGACUCGCAUUCCUCUGCUCAGAUACAAGGUUACUAUGUGCCAAACCCAACAGGUUCCGCCCGAACAGAGCCCAUUAGGAGGAUUCUCGAAUCCGAGAAGUCGAAAUACCUUCCCCAUCGCAUCAAGGUCCAAAAGGCGCGCGAGAAACGUGAAGCUGAUGCGAAGGACGACCCGAAGAUUUCCAGUAAAGUCACUGAAGCCGCUAAAACUGCACCGAAAACGAAUACUCGUGGUCGGCGUGCAGAGGACCGAAGGCAGAUGGCAGAGGUCAACAUGCAGAAGGAGCUCUUAAGUGCGUUGACUGGGGAUGCUGACGUUCUUCGAUUCAACCAGCUCAAGAAGCGCAAGAAGCCCGUCAAAUUCGCUCGAUCCGCCAUCCACAACUGGGGUCUUUACUCCCUCGAACCCAUUGCAGCCAAUGAAAUGAUCAUCGAAUAUGUGGGUGAGAAGGUACGACAGGAGAUAGCCGAUCUGCGAGAAAGAAGAUACGAAAAGAGCGGCAUUGGUAGCUCGUACCUCUUUCGCAUCGAUGAAGGUCAUGUGGUUGACGCGACCAAGAAAGGGGGAAUCGCCCGGUUCAUCAAUCAUAGCUGCAUGCCGAAUUGUACCGCAAAGAUUAUUCGUGUAGAUGGCGACAAGAGAAUCGUCAUCUACGCUUUGCGGGAUAUUGCUAGAGAUGAAGAACUCACGUACGACUACAAAUUCGAGCGUGAAAUGGGCAGCGAAGACCGGAUUCCUUGUCUCUGCGGUUCGACAGGUUGUAAAGGCUUCCUCAACUAA